AUGCCACAAGAAAAGGGAGAGGGGCCCGAAGAUGUUGAUACCAUUGGGAUUUAUGUGGGAGGAAGAAAUGUUGAAGGCGAAAGACAUGGUGAGGGUUGGGCAGUGCUUCCUAAUGGUGACUUUUACCAAGGGUGCUAUUGUCGUGGAUUGAGAAAUGGAAAGGGGCUGUACGUGUUUAAAAAUGGAGCUCGAUACGAAGGUGAAUGGCGUCGAGCCAUGAAAUACGGCGUGGGCCAGAUGACGUACCCUGAUGGUUCCCGUUACGAAGGCGAUUGGAAGCACGACUUGAAACAAGGAUUUGGCGCUUACUACUACCCCAACGGUGACAUUUAUGAAGGUGCUUGGUUUAAAGGCAAACGACAUGGUCUAGGAACAUAUUACUUCGCCGAAUAUCAAGUUAAAUUCAUGGGAACGUGGGUUGAAGGUGUAAUUGAAGGUCCAGGGCAAAUUAUUUAUCCACGAGUUCGUUUUCACGGCUCGUGGUUAAGAGGUUUGCCUAAAGGGCCUGGGUGCUUUGUUUUUGACACCAAUUGCAUGCAACAUGGCUUCUACGCGUUGAUUAAAGAUCCGGACCUCGAGGAAUAUGGUGAAGGAGAAGAAGAGAAAGACGAUAAGGUACAAAAGAAUGAUACAUUAGAAGAGGGGGAAGAGGAAACUGAGCUAGAUGAAACAUUAGGUAAAAUAGCCGUGUGGCGGGCCCGCAAUGUAACGGCUUACAUGGCAGAGUUCCUUCCACCUGAGCCCGUUCCAUUGCCCAUUCAUGACUCAAUACCCUCGCUCACACAAGAAAGCGUUGAUACCGACCUACUCCAAUUUGAGCCGCCAUCUGCCGCUUCUGAAUACGAGGGUGGAGAUGACAAUGAUUCGUGGUUACUUCAUCGACAGAAGUUCCUUGAAGAAACUGAGCUUAAAGAGUGA